AUGGGGCAAACUCAAUCAAUAGAAUUGGACACUGCUGAAGACUUGCGGCCCUCCCUGCGAGGGCACUCAACAAUGAUUCAAAUAUCUACGACGGUUGAUUGUUCAAAAGAAAGCCUGAAGACUAGGAGGAGAUCCAAGACUAAUUCAAAAAAUGAAGACCGUAAUCUCUCUCUCUUCUCUUUGGAGACUUCGUCGACAGGAAUAUCGUCCGUAAAUAAUUACAGGCGAUCUUCUUGUAAAAACACAAAAGAUUUGCCUAAAGACCAUGAAGGUACCAUCGCGGCAUACGUAAAGGCGUAUGAAAGUAGAAAAUCUUCAGAGUCACUAACUGCAGUCGCAGAAGGCUGUAAAAAUAGAAGCAUAUGUAAGCAGUACAGAAAAUCAACGAGAUUAUUGUAUACCUUACAUUUACAGAACAUGUAA